CUUACAAUGCAUCACAUUUUCUCUGCAAUGCCUUCUGCUUUGGUCAUCAUCAGUCCCUCCAUCCAUCAAUAAGACGAGACAUUAAUCUUCUCACCAACUGUGGACCAAUAGGAAUUUCCACUCUAAAAGAAGAGAUUAUUGGAGCAUUAUAAAAGUCUAUUGAUGAAUAUCAGCCUGGCAAACAUGAAUGCUAGUGGAGAACAUUUGGAAUAUUUCAACUAUUCUGAAGAUAUCUUUUUUUCUAUCGCAUUGAUCAUCUGCUGUAUUGGAGCCCCAUUAAAUGGAAUUGUUAUCUGGCUGCUUGGCUUCCAAAUUAAGAGAAACCCUUUCACAGUAUUGAUUCUUAAUUUAGCUAUUGCCGACUUUGGGUUUCUCAUCAUUAUGACUAUAUUUUGUAUUGACAUUUUUAUAGGUUUUAUACAGCCAGGAAUUCUCCAGAUUAUCUUCUAUUCUCUCUUAAAUGUCACAUAUAUCAACGGUCUGUUUCUUCUGACAGCCAUCAGCAUUGACCGGUGUGUGUCUGUCCUCUUCCCAAUCUGGCAUCGCUGUUCCCGGCCAAAAUAUUUGUCCCCUGCUGUCUGCACCUUCCUCUGGAUCUUCUCUUCCCUCCUGAUUGGAAUUCAUUACAUUAUGCAACAUUUAUUUUGGAAUCUCCAUUUGGUUGUGACUGCUGUGCUUUGCCUUCCUCUGAUGACAACCUCUACUGUGAUCCUAUUCAUCAAAAUAUGCCUUAAAUCCAAACAGAUGAAACGUGGAAGACUUUUAGUGAUGAUCCUAAUUACUCUUCUCUGCUUCCUUAUUCUUAAUCUUCCAUUCUAUUUCUACGUGUUCAUUACUCAUUUUCUUAAGAAGGAGAAUUUCGUUGAUGCUAAUGAACUGGAUUUCUACUUAAGUCCAAGUGCUUCUCUAAACAGCAGCGUUAACCCAGUGAUCUAUUUUCUGGUGGGGAGAAAGAAAAGAGCUCGUUCCAGGGAGAGCGUCAAGGUCAUAUUUCAAAGAGUCUUCAGGGAAGAUGAGGCUCCUGAAACCAGAUAAAAAAUCACAAACAAUUUCAUAACUCUCCGCAAAUGGAUAAUUUCAUGCUCAUUGGCUAAAAUCAGGUGAAGGAAAGCUACCUGAUGUCAACCUAAGCAGGUUGUGCUUCCUUUUUCUGGUUAUUUGGCUAUACCUUUCA